AUGAAGCAGGUGGCGAAGGCGAAGGCGAAGGUGAUGAAGAUCGAGAAAGGAGAGAUUCUAUUGAUCGAAAUGAGCAGCAGGAGCUAAUGAAGGACAAAGAGCGAGAAAAUCCUCAGAACAGGUCCAUUUUUGAACUUCUUUGUGAAAUAAGAUGAAGAUGGUGUUUCAGCGAGGGCGAAGAAAGAGAUGAAGCAGAAGGAGCUCAAAAAUGAAACCUCUUUGAGCUUGAAAAUGGGCUUCCAGAAAGCGAGAAGAGCGUUUCGUCUCUAGCUGAGGUGAAUUUCCAUGGAAUCAGUUCAAAAAGUUUUUAAAUUGUUAGCUAAAAAGAAAAAGGGGGCUCAUUAAGUUUUUAAAUUUUUGUUGAGUUGAGAUGAAUUUGAAUUUUUAGCGUUGGAGACGGGAAACAACAACAAGAAGGGCAUGAAGAAGACGUCGACGUCGAAGAAGUCGUCGAAGAAGUGGAAGAGAAAGAAGGAGCUUCUUCUGAAGUGAACGAACGUCCACGGCUUGAAAAUGAUGUUCAGGCGUUCGAGAACAACGAUCCGAGGUAAAUUUUAACUGCAUCAGCUCGAAAGUUUAUCCUUUUUUUAGCCGAACAAAAAGGAAGAUUUAACUUUUUAAAACUUUUUCUUCUUCGCAACGUUCAUCUUUCAGCGACGGCGAAAGAGAAGAAGGAGAGGGUCAACGGGGCGACAGGAAUGAGCUUCCUCAGCUCGGACAGGAGCUCAUUGAGGGAGGUCGAAGAGCCGGAACCAUCUCAGUCGAGGUGAGAAUCAGUUGAACCUUGUCUAAAAGUAGACUCAAAUGUUAAAUUGAAAAGAGUUCGCAUACAGUCUGAUUUUUGGUUGUCAAAUAGCUGGCUCCGCCACUUUUAGGGUUUCUUAUAGGGUUGUUCCCUAGAGGGGACCCUCGAAGGUUGCCCCUACAGUGACCAAUCUGGAGAUGUUAAGUAGUGUGUUCCGCGCGAAAAGGUUACUUUUUGAAAAAAUAUCAGGAUAAGAAAACUACCGUGAAACAACUUUUUUGCGCUUUUACUCCAAAACUGCAAGAAAAAAGGUCUUGAAACGAAAUAUAGCCAAUUUUAAUUCUAUCCGUCGACGGUGUUUCGAAAAAACAGGAGAAGAUGACGUGGGAUAUGCUAGAAUGAAAAAGGAAAGUAAAAAAAAAUGCAGCGCUUUUAAAGGAGCUUCAUUACGCGGAAUAAAACAUCGACGCGAAUGAUACCGUAUCCCCAAGGGUGGAGUUACCUUUUUGAAGUUUGAAAUCUCAAUCUGGAGAAUCCUUUGUAUUUUUUCUGAGAGUAGGAAUCAUAAAAUGGUCCGUUUUUCGCGACCUGAAAAGGGCGGGACUCUCUGAGCCCUCUCAUUUUGAACUGUUCUUUUUUUUGCUCUGGCCGGCGAGGAAAGAGAGACACUAAAAAGAUCAAGUCGCGGCGGACGGACUUUGAAAAGAAUAGUUUUUCUCUGUUUAAACGGAAAAUCAAGUUGAUUUUUUAGCGAUGAAGAAGGAUCGGCUCUGACUAAUAUGGUUCCCGAUGAGAUUGAACCGGAAGAAGUCGGAAAUGAAGGUCCUGUUCCGUCCCAAAGUCAUGACAAUGGGUCUCCAGUGUCGGGAUACGAGGAACUAUCCAAUUCUGGAGAGGUUCCGCCGAAAAAUCCCCUCACAAGGUUUGAUUGUUUCUCAGUUUACAUGUGAAUAAAGCUGGCGAAGAGUCUGCCGAUUAAAAAUAGUUGACAGGAGUCAUGCUUUUUGAGUUGUAAAUUGAAACUUAGAUAACGACACAAAGGCGUGGCCAGAAAAACUGCGGGCCAUUUUUAAAAAUCCUGGAAAAAAAUUUGGAUAACACUGAAAAAAAUUUGAUUCGAAGCUUGCAAUGGAUGGUCAUUUUACUCCCAAAUUUCACAUUUUUAUCCAUUUUUAACAGGUCGAGUCAAGUUCCGGCGAAUGAAGUCGUUUCUUCCCCCGCGAACUCGGUUCAUCGUUCGUGCUCGGUGUUGGUUCUUUUUAUUUCAUUUUCCAGAAUUUUUGAACGCGAAACUGCUAAAAAUAAAAAGAAAAAUACGAUUCUUUUAGGCCUAUAAAAGAAGUUUUAUCAGAAAAAAAUUAAUCUGGUUUCAGAGAGACGGAGCCCGCCUACAUCGAAAGUCCUGAGUGAGUUUUAUUUUUAUUUUUGCAGAAAAUCGAGUUUUACGAUUUAUAAAUCGAGGUUAAUCAACUAAAAGAAAUGUAAGACCUAAAAAGACAGAUUUAUUGAGACUUCCCGCGUAAAUCUACAUGUGAGCCGAAAAAAAUUCGCAUUGGAGCGCGAGUGUACAUCAUCAUCGAUUCUUUUAUAUUUUAACUGGAAAAUCAAAUCUUUUUUUCAACUUCUUCUGUUUUUGAAUUCAUAAUGCAAUAACACAUUAACAUUAAUAAAGUUGAAAAGGUAUUGGAUUUUUAAUUGUUCGAUAAUCAGGCUUCGAAAAAAGUUAUGAGAAAUGGAAAUUUUUGGACUGAGCUACUUUUUUCAAUAUUUUCAGCUUCGUUCAUUCAAAAUCAAUUUAAUUGCAUUUUCCAAAAUGUCACAUGGUUCUUUUACAGCUUGGGGCCAGAAGAUGCCGGCAGAACGAUGUCUCCGGUUCGUUUCCUUCAUUUUUCAUUGAAAUAUGCAUUCUAUUUCAGUUUUUGUUUUAAAAAAUUGUUUUUCAGAGGGACUUUGAAAGAGAAAAACGCCAAUUGGCCACUUUCUCGCGCGAUUUGGGCUAUGAGGUGAGAUUGACUUGAUAAAACAAUCACAUUUAAAAAAUGUAAACGUAGUAUCAUUUUUCAACCUUUUUCUGAUCACAAAUUUUCCGCGUUUAAAAAGGUUCAGCGAAAUGUUAAGGGAUAUAGAGCUACUGAAGAGAUUUCUCAAGGUACCGUACUUUUUGUUAACAAAGUCGAUUUUUCACGCUUUUUGGUAUUUGGUUUUAAAAUUUUUCGAUUUCAGUGCCAGACAGGACCCAGUUAUGAGGUAUCCGACGAACACUGAAUUUGUUCGAAGUUAUCAAGAAAAGAUACGUCGUUGGAAACGCCUUCGAUUUUUCCAAACCCACGGGGUCCUUCUCCACAAAUGCGGCCGGUCAGGGAGUAGUGGUAAAUCUGGCAAAAAUUCAAACGAGAGAACAGUGGUGGUCUGAAGAGACUCCAGACGACUAGAGAGAACACUUUUCUCUUGCUUUUAUUUCAAUAAUCCUUUGUUUUUGAGUCGAGAAAACGGCGGGUGAGAGACUGUAGCGACCUGAAGAGACGUCAGAGAAGCGAGAGUGUUUUUUUUUCUCUGACAUCUCUCUCGUUGAGCCUUUUCUCGAGAAGCUAAAGAAAUGAAGGUUCCUCUUUUUCUCUGGCGUCUCCUUGGAACAGCGCUAUUUUUUCCUCCCUUAAGAUGAAAAAAUGGCUUCUCCUUUCGAAAAGAGAACAAUGAAGUCAUAGUUUCUUUUUUUCUCUGGCGUCUCUUCAGAUUGUCGGUGUUCUCUCGUUUUCAUAUUUUCAUCAACAUUUACUUUGAAUUUUCGAACAAAAAAGAGAAAAUCGAUGAUUUUUACAUAUUGUUUUUCGAAACAGAGUGGUCCCUAUUGGGGUAAAUUUAAGGUGGCCCCUAUAGGAUUUCAGCCCCUAAAGCUCAAGUGGGCCCUAUAGGAGUCUUUCAAUUUCAUUCAAAAAAAAACGAUAAUUCAUUCAGUUUUCCCCAUGGAAACGCUUCUUCGCUAAGAGUUCAUAAUAAUUAACCGUGUCCCCUGAAGUCACCACUAGCUAAAAACCCUAUAGCAACAACUUUUGCAAGCUUUAGUGGCUCUUAUAGAGGUUGAUAGACUGGUCCAUAAAGUUGCCCCUAUAGGGACCACUUUGGAGACCGAAGAUUGUUUUUUUGUAUUUUUUCAACUUCUUCGGAUUCAGAAGGUCCUAAAGAACCUCUGUACAAAAUUUCAACGAAAAAGCUUGAACUUUUGCACUUCAAGCGAGAGAACAGUGGCCGUCUGAAGAGACGCCAGGCGACGAGAGAGCGACUAUUUCUCUGCCGUCUCUUGAGACCAUCUGUUCUCAUCUUGAACUGAAAAAAAGUCCAUUAAAAUCAGUUUUUUUUCACAUUCAACUCGAAAACGGCAAAAAAAAAUGAUUGGAUCCAAAAAUGGUUUUUCCUUUCAGAAAUCGACCCCGAGGAAAUUGAUAAGCAAUAAUUUCGAUAUCGAUUUCCUGAUGGCUAAUCACUCGGUGGAAGAGCAGGCCCAAGAAAGAGUCCCAGAAACAUCGGUACUUCUUUGACUUUUCAAAAAGCAACCCUUUGAUUUUUGAAAAUUUGUGAAGGUUUUGAAACCCCCUCCGACGGUCCCAGGGCCGUAAAAAUUUUUCCAAGGUUAGAGGAUCCUUACUUAGGAGCUCCAGAGUGAUCCCUAUAGGGGCUUAGGGGGAGCUUAUUUCUUCAGUUUUUCCUGUGGAAAUGCUUCUUCGUUCACCAGUUAGAGUUCAUAACAUGUCCCCUAUAAGGGCCGCCAACUGAAACCCUAUAGGGACCACUUUUGAAGCUUUAGGGAUCCCUAUAGGUAAAGUGGUCCCUUAAAGGAUUAUUGAAAAAAAAAACACCUGUAGGCGCCGAAAAGUGAUCUUUAUAGGGGUAAAAUCAAGGUGGUCCCUAUAGGGUCUUAGGGUCUGACUCCUUAGCCCCUAAAACUCAAGUGGACCCUACAGGGGUCUUUCAAUUUUCAUUCAAAAAGUGUUUUCACUAUAAAAGGCUUUUCCGCUUAGAGUACAUAACAAUUAUCGACUAGCAUGCCCCCCAAAGGGGCCACUUUUCAAGCGUUAGGGAUCCCUAUAGGGGUUGGUGAAUUGGUCCCUAUAAGGAUUAGGGAAAACCCUAUAGUCUUAACAAUUAUUGACUAGCAUGUCCCCUAUAGGGACCACUUUUGUAAGCUCAGUUUAUAGACCUGUCAAAGCCGGCCGCGCAGCUCUGCUUUUCCAAACUGAGCCUAAGGAUAAUAAUAAAACAGACACAGUAGCUGAUUUUUCUGACAAUUUAUAUCAUUAAAAAAUUGACCUUUCUUCAGACUCCUCAAGUCGUGAAGAUGAAGGAUGGCGUUGCUGUUUUGGCUCAGCCCAGGAAGCAAAGAAACCAGCCGGUAUGUUUAGAGGUAUUUUGGCGUUGGUUGCAUUGGGAAUGGCUCGAGGCAGAAGUCGGAAAGAAAAUACUAUUAGAAAUGUCACAAUCGCGAUCUUUUUUGAGUAGGAAAUUUAAUGCGUCCAGCCAUUCCAAAUGUUGUUUACAGGGGAGGUCUCUUACUUGGCGCUUUGGAAUUUUCUACAAAUUUGCUCAAACUAUCUCUGAAGGUUUCUUUGACGACCCAUCCAAGUCGCAACCUGCCCCAGCUUCUAGCUUUCGAGAUAAUGAUUUUUGAAGUUUGAAAAAUUAGGCUUAAAAUUUCAAAUCAAAAAGACCUCCCUUGUUGGAUUUUUCAACAGUGUCGUAAGAAUAGUGUAACGAUUAUUAGUGAUCAGAGCAAAAUUGUAGCCAUUUUCAUUGGAGAUCUGCUUUAUCCGACGACUUUUUCACUGACCAGGAAACGUUUUUUCCCGGGACUUGUUUUUACCAGGGAGCGUUUUUACCCCCCGGUUGAACUUUUGCUGAAACUUUGCUGAAGCGUACUUUGGGACCUUUUGAUUGCAGAUCAAGAAAAACAUUUCUCGUAACAGAUUUUUUUUUUCAAGUUAUGGAACUUCAAAGUGUGCAAAAUACGCAAAUUAGGCCAAAAACGCGCUAUUUCGGGCUUUUGAAGUGUCCUAACUCGAAAACGAGAUCUAUUGCGAGAAUUUUUCUUUCUCUCUGGAAUCAGGGGUCUUAAAGUACCCUUCAGCAAAGUUUCAGCAAAAGUUCAACCGAACGGGGGUGAAAAAAACGUUCUCUAGUGAGUGUCUUAACCUAGGUUGCACGAGAAGUGAUUUUUCAAAACCAAAACGAGAAAAUUUCUCCAAACGAUUUCGAAACGAGAUCGAGACAAAUCUCGUGCAUCCCUGGUUUUAUUUUGGAAGUCUGCAAUUUCCCCUCAUUUAAUUUGCUCGUAGUGCAUCCAGUACAUCACAUUCCACGCCAAUCUUUGAAAGUACUUUUUGAGAAAAAUGUCUCAAUAUGCGACCUUUUCAACAUUUUUGAAGCAGUUGUUGUAUAUUCUUGAGUGCGGAUAAUUUCAAAAUUCCAAAAAUCAAAUAAAACUUUUUGGGUGAUUUUUAGGUCAGGCUUUUCCCUGAAAGUAGAAAGAACUUUAAGGGACUCAAUACCAGAUUUUUGAGAAAAAGCGCCGAAACCAUAAAAUGAGAUGAGUCAGAUUGAUUUUAAUAUUACCUUUAAGCCCCGGGCGGUACCGUUGGCAGCUUUGGACCAAGCCAGCUCAUCGGGCGCUUCCAGCUCCCGGCAGCCCCAGAGCGUCGCUUCUCCCGACGACAUGCCCGGAGGAUCGGGCACCUUCUUCGAUCCGGUGCACCAGGUUGAGAAAUUUCCUUUUGAAACAGUCCGACCCGUCUGCGCUCUAUUUUCCCUCGCCGACUUUAGAAAAAGAUAAUCUUGUCGGAUGCGCUAUAGUCUUUUUCGCGUGUCUGCGUCUCUCUGUUCUCUCACCACCUAGGGCUAGCGAAAAAUGAAAAUAGCAUGGUAACAUGAGAGAGAGUCGCAGAGAAGUUACGCGCUUUCAAGUCAAGAAAAACGGACAUUGAAAUUAUCUUGGCAUGCUGGAAAAGUCGAUUGGUUUUUUUUAAUUUUUGAAGAUCUUUGAGCUCGAAAUGGUUUAGGUCUACAUAUUCUUGAGUGCGGAUGAUUUCAAAAUUCCAAAAAAAAUCAAAUAAAACUUUUUGGGUGUUUUUUUAGGUCAGGCUUUUUCCCUGAAAGUAGAAAGAAUUUUAAGGAACUUAAAACCAGAUUUUUAGUGCCGAAACCAUACGUGAGAUGAGCAUAACUGACAGCAAAAAUUUUUUUGAUUUGAACGUAUGAUAUAAGAUCGGACGAGCUUUCCAGCGAGCACUCUGAAAAAUUUUUAAAUGGUUUCUUGCCAACCCCCUCCCUCCAUUUUCUCGUUUUUUUGCUAUAUCUCCCCUUUUUCAGGUCCCACCGAGACUAUCUCAUGUAUGCCCGAAACUUUUAAUAUUAUAUGGUAAUACGUAUUUUUCAACACCUUGAAAAAAACGUUCAAAAGCUUGAAACUUGAAAAAAUCGCGAUCUUGAAAAUCUCUAGAUCUACAAAUCUUUCCAAAAUUUUGUCCAUUCCUUGACCGUGUUGAAAUCGGGCAGAUUGGACUCGCACUAGUCUUGCUCAGCUCGGGGCUUGCAGCUUGACCUAGACCUAAUAUCUUGCUGGAGGAGCCAGCGACGGUUUGCAAAGUGGAAAAAAAAAAGAACAGAUUGAAAUUCCAUUGGCAAAAAAGAAAGUUGGAGUGAUCGAAAAGUCCGUGCAAUAUUAAUGCCCACCCCCGUACAUGUGAAUCUUGAUCUGUUGCCCUUCACAAUGCAGAUUUUUUUUCUUUUUUUAAUUUUUAAGAAUUCAAAAGUUUUCAGGUGAAGAAGUUCGCUUGCCUCAUCUGCCAAAAACCCUAUGUCGAUCCCACAAGAAUCGACCAACACUCGGAAAAAGCCCAUGGAGUGGUCAGUUUUUAUUAAAAGCAAAAACGGUUUUUGGCGCGUCAGCAUUGCUGGUUCAUCCUCCGAAAUUCUCUCUCGAAGAAAAAGCUUUUUGGGCUACUCAAUUUAUUUCUCAAUAGAGCAGCUUCUGUUAUUUAUUCGUAGAGAAUUUUGGAGGAUGAACCUCGAAAAAAAUUCGGAUUGCAUAGGCUAAGUCGGAAAGGGUGGGAAAAAGGUUCUAUAGAAAUGUUCCCUUUUGCUGCCUUUUUGCGCCAUUUUAUCGGCUUUUGUGCACCAUUUUUGCUGCCUCUUUUCCACCAUUUCUUGAUCUUUUUGAAAUCCCAGAAAAAUGGAAAACUCUUUCUUGAGCCUCUCCCUUUUAGUGGCUAUUAUUCACCUUACCGACUUUGCCCGAGGAAAAGGUUCUAUAUUUCUGACUUUCAAUCCUCCUAACUUUGUUAUUUUCAAGUUUUAGAGAAACUGUUAGAUUCCUGCGGUUCUUAAUUUUCUUCCUUUCUCUGACAUGUCUGCGCUCUCUUCUCCCUCAAUAGUGUUAGAGAGAAGUCGUCAAGGAAGAAGAGAGCGCAGAGAAAAAGACUGUUUUAAGAGCUGGAUAUAUAACUUAUUCACGGCUAGUUUGGGACGCAAAAAGGCGUGGCCUGUCUCUGCGCUCUCUAUUAACCAGGCUUGUAUCUUUUCUCAACAUGUCAGGACCCUUUUUUCGAUGGCUCAAACCGGCCGUGAACCAACUUCACACAGCAUUGGAACCAUCUUCGAUUUAAACUUUUUAUUUCACGUCUCAACUGUGAAUUUUUUUCUGAAUCUUCUAGACGGAUCUCUCAUCGUUGCUCGGCGCUUUUUAUAAUAAUCAAGAGAUGAUCAACCGCAUUUCGGUCGCCGUUACUCAGCAGGUGGCGACAGCGAGGAAUCGGCAACGUGGUAAGCUAGAAAUCGACAGAAAAUUGAAUAAGUGUGAAGUAACUCGGACGGCAAUUGAUUAUAUGUUAAUUAGGAUAACCAUAAAGCCUACCACGUGAAAGUACCGUAUGUCGAAUCGUUCGUAUAUUUUUUUCAGAUGCAUGUGAGUGCCCAACCUGCGGAGAGGCGCAUUUCGUUCUUGCUCCCUUGCAAAUACAUAUGAUGCAAAAACAUAGCCAUGUGAGUUUUUCAAAAAAAUUUUUCCAAUUUCUAGAGAAAAAAUCAUUUUUAGCUUUCUUAAAAAUCCAAUUUUAAAAGUUUUAAAAGGGUCAAGCAAGUUUAGCGAAAUGGUAUGUAAGAGCUAGAGAGUUUAGAGAUAAAAUCAUUAAAUUACCAGAAAAUAGUUCAAUUUUUCAAUAAGAUCCUCAAAAACACUUUUUUUGUAAGGUAUUUUGUUGAGAAAAAAACUUAAUUAUGUUCAGAAAAAAACGGAAGAAGUCGCAACUGGAAAGAUGCAGCAUCCUGUUUCGCGCUGAGCUGCUUUUUAAAAUGUUGGAAAACUAUAAAGGUGCAGAAUAAAUUUUUUUACUAACGAAUUCGAUGAUAUAAUAAUGCAAAAAUUCAAACACAUUUCUUUGAAAAAGGUCAAAACGAAGUACCUGAUGGUAGGAAGGAAUUUUGGAUCCACGAAUAUUUGUGAGCGUUAAUUGUGCAUACACCAAUCUUGGAUGCUCGAAUCUUUGAAAAAUUUGAAUCUUUGAAAACAAAUUCUUGGGAAUAUUCACUUCUUUUCUGAUUUUUCAUAUAUUUUUCAAUUUUUGAAUACGGAAAUUGAUGGAGAAUGUAUACAAAGUGAAUGAAAAAUGUGGUAGCCGUUCUGCAGGUAAUCUUUGACAAAAUGUAUGCGAGAAAGACGCAUUAUUUGAUAAAAAAAGUUAGUUGAAAACAAUUACACAGUGUUCAUUUGAGGUCGAAACACGACAUCCUCACAAUAGAACGACAAAGGAAAAAAUGAAAGAAACGAAAAGAUGAUAAUUCAAAAAGAGGGUAUAUCCCCAAGAAUCGUUUUCAAAGAUUCAAAUUUUCAAAGAUUCGAGCAUCCAAGAUUGGUGUAUGCACAAUUAACGCUCCCGAAUAUUCGGGGAACCAAAAUUCCUUCCUACUAUCAAGUGCCUUCACGGAACCAAAACAGUGAUUUUUUUGAGUCCAAAAUGAAAACUAAAGGGAAAAACUUUGUUCUAAACAAAGGGAUUUACCAUGGGAAUUUCUUUAUUUUUCGAAAUAAACAUAAUUGUUAUAUCGUCACAAAUUUUUCAUUUUUCUGAACUCAAAAAUCACUUUCCAUCCAAAACGAAGUAUCGGGGGAAGCAGGGAUGAACUUCGAAAAGUCACGGAAGACACCAAUGAAAAAUGGCUAUAUUUCCAUUAUUUCAGUUCUCGUUUUUCUCAACGAAUCUGCAAGAGUUGACUCCUUUCAAAAACCUUAACUACUGCUUUUUCAAUUUCUUUCAAAAAGUACGUUUUCAUAAACCAGAACAAGAGUUGGAUAUUGAUACGAGAUCUCGUCUCGUGCAUCCCUGGCGUACACAUCAGACCAGGAGCAUCGAUGUCGUUGCGCAAAAACUGUUCAGUCAAGACGCCAGAUGACAAAAGCAGUUUACACUUUUGCGAAACCCCUCUUCUUGAAAGUUCCUCAAAUUAUAUAUCCGUGUUGAGCAAUACCUUCGAAAACGAGAUGAUCCCAGGGCGACCCGCCAAAAACAACUAAAUAUCUUUGCUUUGAAAUACGCGAAGCGAAGCAAAUAUCUUCCCACGGAAACUCAGAAGUCAAGAAAAACAAAACUUGAACUGAAGUAACGAUGAUUUUUAUUGAUGGAAACAAAAUAUAACAUAUUCAAAGAGAAAAAUUGAUACAAAAUUUUCAAAUAUUUUAAAUAAGAAUUUGCAUUACGCAGCCAGCGGAACCUUUGGGAAUCCUUCGAGAAGUGUGCAGUUCCAGCCGAUGACACUGAUCGUGCCGCAAUUAUUUGUUCAGAGAGGAGUUUAG